UUUUGGUUUUUGUCUGCACCAACGGAGCAUGUUUCUCAUCUACGACUACAUGGAAAGAGGAAGCCUCUUUGGUGUGUUGAAGGAUGAAGAAGAAGCCGUUGAGCUGAACUGGAAGAAGAGGGUAAAUGUCGUGAAGGGAAUUGCAAAUGCCCUAUCUUACAUGCAUCACGAUUGCAGCCCCCCUAUUCUACACAGAGAUGUAUCGAGCAGCAACAUACUCUUGGAUUCAGAGUUUGAAGGUUGUUUAUCUGAUUUUGGGACAGCUAGAUUGUUGGAUCCAGAUGCUUCCAAUCAGACUCUACUUGUGGGAACUCGGGGAUAUAUUGCACCAGAGUUGGCCUUCACAAUGGUGGUUACAGAGAAAUGUGAUGUGUAUGGCUUCGGAGUGUUGGCAUUGGAAGUCAUGUUUGGAGAUCAUCCGGGGGAUUUCGUUUCCUCCAUGACGAUGAUUAAAAGAUCCACACAGUUUGCUCAAAACAUGAUGGUGCAACAACUCUUGGACAAGAGGCUACCAUCACCAGACGAAGAUGUAAGAUUGUCGAGGGAAGUGGUUGGAGUGGUGAAAACAGCAUUGAAAUGCAUCAGUUGUGAUCCAAAGCUGCGGCCGUAUAUGAAGGAGGUGUCUCAGGAGCUGGCGAAGCAUCCACCGCGGUUGACAAUGCCGUUCCGAUCAAUAUCAGUGCUUCAUCUCAUGCACACAGACUGAGCUCACAGCUGCCUUAAUAAACUUACAAAUGCUCAGUAGCCAUAUGAAAAUGCCUCUGUUUUCCUCUGUUUCCUUAGUCUUUUUCUUCUUCGUGAACAAUGUUGUGAUAUUUUGCAGAAUCAUGAUCUAAUGUAUGGUAGUAUAUGUGGUAUGUGUAUUACAUAUUAUUGGAACUCUUUAACAUAAUUUUUGUGA